CCGCUUCAGUGUACAAAGCCGAUGUGUGGCGUCAAUUCAUCUUUCGUCACAGAGCAGGCACGAAAGAGAUUGACAAAAGUAUUGCUGUUUGUAAAAUGUGCAAUGCCAACGUCAAACAUUCAAAGAACACUACAAAUCUAAGAGCGCACAUAACGAGGCACCAUGCGGAUGCACGGAUAACAGAACAGCAGCAAAUGGCUAACGUAAAAGAGAGGAUCCCUGUCAACUCACCCUGGAGCAAGUUCACAGAUCAAAGUUACCACAAACCUCUGUCACUACUUUAUUUUAUUUGCAAAGAUAUGCGCCCUCUCAGUGUCGUAGAGAACGAAGGCUUCAGUCAUAUGCUGAAAACUUUGGAGCCUCGCUACACAAUACCAUCCCGCCAGCACAUUACGGACAUCGCUGUGCCCAACUUGUACAAUGAGGUAAAAAUGAGCGUACUACAAUCUCUUAGCUUAGCUGAGAGAGUCGCGUUGACAUGUGAUGCUUGGACAUCCCAGGCCACUGAAUAAUUCGUAACGAUAACAGCGCACUACAUAACGACUGAGUGGAAUCUGGUCUCGUAAUGUACUACAGACAAGAGCGAUGCAUGACAGUCACACAGGGAAUAACAUUGCAGAAUUACUAAAGGAGGCCGUCACUGAAUGGGGUUCGGAAGAGAAACAUCCAGUGAUUGUAACAGACAAUGCAUCCAAUAUGAAUGUCGCGGCUGGACUCGCAGACAUGACCCACAUCCGAUGUUUUGCGCACAGCCUGAAUCUUGCCUCACAGAAAGCACUAAAGUUGCCAGCAGUGGAGCGACUCCUUGGCAGGAUCAGACGUGUUACAAGCUUUUUCAGACACAGCACCAUAGCCAGCCACCAGCUAAUACAAAAGCAAGACCUGCUCCAGCUACCAAAACACAGGUUAAUUACAGAUGUUGUCACGAGGUGGAAUAUCUCUUAUGACAUGAUAGAUAGAUUUUUAGAACAACAACCAACCAUCUGUGCAGCACUACUUUCAACAGAGGUCAGAACGUGUGAAAAGGAUGUCUUUACAAUGAAUGAAGCUGACAUCACAUGUGCUGAGGAAGUGCUCAAGGCACUGAUGCCAACGAAGAAUGCCACAUUGGUAAUGUCAGAAGAGCCCACUUUUUCUGUCAUUGCACCACUUUAUUCAAAGCUUGUCAUGGGCACAGAAGAAAGUCCAGAUGAUACAAAGACAGCAAAGGACAUCAAGGCUGCUAUAGCACAAGAUCUGGGAAAGAGAUAUGCCAAUGAGAGGGAGACACUGUGCAUGGCAUCAGCUCUGAAUCCAAGGUUUAAGGAUCUACCCUUUCUCUCUGAAAUGGAGAUCAAAGAGACCUACUCCAAAAUGACGGAUGCUGUGGUGGCUGCCAUAAAGAAGCAACAGAAUUAUUGAAAUCGCCUUUUGCUGACGAUGAUGUCCUCGAUUCCUCUCCGCUCUUCAAACUUCUUCUCAAACACUGUGUAGUUCUUGAAAGCUGCUGGGCCUGCUGUUUGGGAAAUCAGUCGAGUGCGUAAUUUCAGAUCACCUGAACAUCUGAAUGCUUCAACUGAAAAAACACAAGCAUACACUCUCCUGAUGGAAAAUCUAUUUCACAAAAUUAAAGGCAUAUUUUAUGAUAUCUUACUGAUUUCAUCUACAAAAGCCAAGAUAAAUACACUGUAUUAUUUACUGUAUUACUUGAGCAAUGUAAUUGUGUAUAUCCUUAAAGUGA